UGCUGAUCAGUCCGAAGCAACCGCUGAGACAAGCCAGAUUUGAAUUUUCUCUGAGUGAAAAUGAGCAUAAUGGAGUGGGAAAAUGACAGCGAGAUUCAAAUCUUUCGCGAAUAUCUGCGCAUUCCAACAGUGCACCCAAAUAUUGACUACACUGCUUGUGUAGAAUUUCUUAAGCGCCAAGCUGCUAGCAUUGGUUUGCCUGUAGAUGUUGUGUAUCCUGUUAAUGAUGCCAAUCCUGUUGUGGUUAUGAAGUGGCUGGGCAAGCAGCCCGAGCUGCCUUCUAUUGUUCUCAACUCACACACGGAUGUCGUACCUGUCUUUCCUGACAUGUGGACCCAUGAACCAUUCAGCGCUGAUAUGGAUGAUGAAGGUCGCAUUUACGCGCGUGGCGCCCAGGACAUGAAGUGUGUAGGCACUCAAUAUCUGGCAGCAGUUCGCGCUCUCAAAGCGAGUGGAUAUCAGCCCAAGAGAACUGUGUAUCUGACCUUUGUGCCUGAUGAGGAAGUUGGCGGUGUUUUGGGCAUGCUUGAGCUAGUAAAGCAAGAUUACUUCAAGAGUCUGAAUGUGGGCUUUAGCUUUGAUGAAGCCAUAACCAGUGAGGAUGAGGCCUACUCCAUUUAUUAUGGAGAGCGUACUUUGUGGCAUCUUAAAUUCAAGAUCAGCGGCACUGCAGGUCAUGGUUCAUUGCUGUUGCCCAAUACUGCUGGCGUUAAGCUGCAAUAUAUUUUAAACAAGAUGAUGGAAUUUGGUGCAUCUCAAAUUAAAAUACUUGAGCAGAACUCGAACAUGGAUGUUGGCGAUGUGACAACUGUGAACUUGACUAAACUCAGCGGUGGUGUGCAGAGCAAUGUUGUGCCGCCUUUGCUGGAGUUGGUAUUUGAUAUUCGCAUUGCCAUCACUGUGGAUUUAGCUGCGUUCGAGCAACAGAUUCGCGACUGGUGCGAGGAGGCAGGCGGUGGCAUUGAGCUUGAGUUCGAAAGAAAGAAUCCAUUUAUAGCGCCAACCAAAAUCGAUGCAAGCAAUCCGUUUUGGGUAGCUUACAAGAAAACAUUGGAUGAUCUAGGACUUAAGACUAGAAUACAAGUUUGCCCUGGUGCUACUGAUAGUCGCUUCAUACGACAGUUGGGUGUGCCAGCCUUGGGCUUUUCGCCUAUUAACCGCACACCUAUUCUGAUUCAUGACCAUGAUGAAUUCCUGCGUGCAGAUACUUAUCUUGAAGGCAUUCAAAUCUUUAAAAAACUCAUAUCAGCUGUAGCUAAUGUUUAAUCAAACAUUUGAUAAGAAAAUAAUAAAGCAUUUAAAAUUUCUGGUAACUU